CAAUGGAACCAAUGAGUCUCCAGUGUGGCUCUCCCACCCUAGAGGCUUCAAGAGGCAGCUGGACAACCGCCUGUCAGGGAUGCUUUAGGGUGGAUUCCUGAAUUGAGUGCGGGGUGGUGGUUAGACUUGAUGUCCUUGUAGGCCCCUUCCAACUCUACUAUUCUAGGAUUCUAUAACGCGACUGGUUUAAGAUGGCUUGAAGGAUGGGUCUAUCCAUGUUUAGAGGCCUGUUGCAGGGGGUUGUCGGUGGCCUUCUUGACCUAUUUGUGGUCUUCCCGGAGUCACCAGCUUGGCCGCUGUGGCAAGCAAGAUGCUGGACCAAUCCAGCUGGCCAUGCAGAGCUUCGUGGCUGCUUCCCGUGGCCUGCCCUUGCUGGUUUCUCUGUGCCAGUCAUAUGUGGCUUCUCUCCCUCCCUGUCCCCUUUUGUUUUGGUCUCCACAGCUACCUUAGGGGCGGUUUUUGGAGCGACAACUUGCAUCAGCGCACAGAUCCGCGAAGCCCCGGACGACCCCCUGAAUUAUUUAAUCGGAGGCUGUGCGUCGGGCGUUGUCUUGGGAGCCAGAGCUCACAGCUUCGCCACUGGCACGACGGCCUGCGUCGGCUUCGGGGUCGUGGCCGCGCUCAUCAAAAUCGGCAAGCUAGAAGGCUGGGAGUUUUUGGGGCCCCGCCAGAGCUAAACCUCCCCCCUGCUACUGUAGAUAAUCAACGUCGCUGCACACGUGACGUCGUCGUCGUCGUACACCAGGUGCCAGUCGGCGGGCGGAGAGAUUUGACCGGUGGGUGGAAAGCGCCGGAAGCUUCCUGCCCGAGGUGCCGUGAUGGGCGUCCGGCCGGGCUGUGUAUGAUUUCCAAUAAUAAAGAGCCGAACCGUGUGUUCCUUCA